UCUCGCCCUUGUCUUCGCGUUCAUUUCCCGUCAGAUAUCUGAAUUCCUCUCUUCUACUCUCUUCAAUUCCGCCAAGGCUCGCUGUUCAACACCCACUGACGCCGCCCCCAUCUCACCAUUCUCGCCGGACUUCCAGCAGCCGACACACCCCCCGCCCCUUCCUCUCAAUCCUUUAAUAGAUAGUAUGAUCGUUUUUGCGAAAACCGGAGACCUAACUUGAAACUGGAAGCUAGUAUUUUAUUAAGGUUUUGGUAAAACGAAAGAAUUAUUAGGAAUGGAUGCUCAAGCGAAGCAGAAAGCAUUGUUUCGAGCCAAGUUGAACGCGCAAAAAAGGGAAAAGCAGCGAAUUGAUUCUCCGCUUGUGAGGUAUAAUGAACAUGAUCAACCCGUAUGUAGAGUCUGUGAUGUGGUCGUCAAAUCUGAGUUGCAUUGGCCUGCACAUCAAGCAUCUCGCAAACAUCACGAGGCUAUUGAAAAGUUCAAAGCCAGUGCUGCUGCACAAAAUCGGGCUAAUGAUGCUAAAUCUGAGUCUGCUAAAGAGUUACCGAAGCCUAAACCUGUGUUAUCCAGAGAUUUGAGUGCAAAAUCUGAACCUUCAGUUGCCUUGCCUAAACAACAAUCAUCUACUCUGCCACCAGAUUUUUUUGAUGAUCAUAGUACGAAGAGACAGAAAAAUGAAAGGGAGCCUAGAAAUUUUGGAACCCCUGAUUCAGUGGAGGAUUCUGUGUCUGCAAAGAAUCAACUUGCUGAGGCUUCUGUCUCAGGGAAUGGGAUCAGCACAUCAUCGACUGCUACAACUAAGCAAAUGGGACAGCCAGGACUUCAGGCUUCCAAAGAUUUUAGGCAGGUGUCAAAAUCAGCCACUGGUUUAGAAUCUAAGCAAGCCAAAGGAGCACUUCCUGAAGGAUUUUUUGAUGACAAAGAUGCUGAAUUACGUGCACGGGGAAUCACACCUGUCAAGCCUGAUGUUAAGGAUGAAUACAAGGAGUUCGAGAGAUUGAUUAAAGAUGAUUUACAGGAAAUAGAUAAUCGUUUGGAGGAAGAAGAGUUUGAUGCAGCUGAAACGAUCGAAGAGGAGGAGAUGGUUGAGCAAAGGAACUACGUAGAUAGGGUUGAAAUGUUAAGAAGGAAGAAGCUGGAGCUUAAGGCUUCUAGAUCUGCUGUUGCUGCUAAGAGUAUGGAAGUCACACACAAGGAUUCCUGCUACGGCGAUUCAUCCAGUGAUGAUGAGGAUAACGAGAAUUUCAAAGUCGAUUGGAGAGCUAAGCAUCUUUAGGCACACUCCCUCUGCGUUUGCAGGUGAUUGUCUGUAUGUGUAUUCAUGUGUCUGUGUUGCUAAACCAGCCACUUUCCUCUUUAAGAAUGAAAAUCACUUCAGAGUUGGUUCUAAAGAUUGAUUGGUGAAUCCUAAGCUUGUAAGCGUCUCGUAACAAAUUACAGCAGUUGGCUAUUUCCUUCAUUUGCAUAGCUGCUGACUGCAGAUUCGAAGCUUAUAAUGAAAGGGCUAUCUUAAUGAAAUUGAA